AUGAGACCAUCAACACGCACCAUCGCAGUACUCACAACCGCAGCAACACUAUUCGCACCCUCAGUGGCCCAAACCUGGAGCAAUUGCAAUCCUAUUAUCCAAGGCGGCUGUCCAGCAGACACAGCACUGGGGAAGGCCGUCAACAUCAAUUUCGGCUCGGGCGCCUCGGACAGCUUUACCGCAGAAGGCAGCACAAUCUCAUACGACAGCAAUGGCGCCUCCUUCACCGUCGCGAAACCGGGCGACUCCCCGAAAGUGACUUCCAAGUGGUACAUCAUGUUCGGCAAAGUGGACGUGUGGCUGCAAGCAGCGCCCGGAGCCGGCAUUGUCAGCAGCUUCGUUUUGAUGUCCGACUCCCUGGACGAGAUUGACUGGGAAUGGUUGGGAGCCGCUCCGGACGAGGUUCAAACCAACUACUUUAGUAAGGGCCAGACGACCACCUACAACCGCGGCGCCUUCCACGCAGAUACGGGCAGCCAGGCCGGCUUCAAGAAGUACACCAUCAUCUGGACAGCCAGCCAGAUCGUGUGGCAGAUCGACGACGUCACCGUCAGAGUGCUGGAAGCGACUGCUGCCGGCAGUCAGUAUCCGCAGACGCCAAUGCAGAUCAAGUUCGGAGCAUGGGCCGGUGGAGACGUCAACCUGAACUCGCCCGGAACCGUGGAGUGGGCUCGCGGUCCGACCGACUACUCCGCAGGCCCCUUCACGAUGCGCGUCAAAGCUAUCUCAGUCGCCGACUACUCGACCGGUACGCAGUACCAGUACGGCGACAGCACCGGGACCUGGCAGUCCAUCGUGGCUGUCGGAGGCUCAGUCAAUUCUGGCGAUUCAUCCAAUGUUCAAGCUGCUGCCCCAGCGAUAACCUCAUCGUCCAGUGGCCAGCCGAUCCCCUGGGCCGGUACACAUCAAAACCCCUCAACCUACGUAAAGCCCUCGGUGUAUCCUUGGGUCCCGGAAGCGACGACACUGUCCACCGUAGCUGCCAGCUCCUCGAAUUAUCCAGGCUUGCCCGCCGGCUGGACCGUCUCAGACACCGGUAAAGUAAUCCCGCCUAGCGCGGCACCUGUGAGUAAGACCUCCCCUGUGUUAUCACCCUAA